AUGAGGACUAUCGUCUCUUCAUUGAGUAUAAAAGGUCAAUGCUGCGCACCUCCCCAGUUUGAUGUAUUUCGUGUUGCUGCUCGUUGCACGUGCGUCUCUGUUGAUCUGUCAACCGUUGCACUGUCACACACUUUGUGUUACUCUUUUUUUUUCGGUUCCCCAAUUGAAAAUGAAUGCCGGACGACGGGGCUUGAUAACGCUCUUACACCAUUGAAUCAAGCGCUUCUUUGCAAAUCUUUUCACAUGUUCAAAGCAAUCUCGGAAUUCCCCGAGCUCUUUUCAUAUUCGCUUCAUUCGAACUUGUUUUCUUUUCUCCGCCAUUUUUGCCUCCCCGCACUUGGGACAGUAAUGAACGUAUCCUCAGCAACAGAUCAGCACUUGCUACUGAGCAUCGUUGCUUCGUGGUGCUUCGUUAUGUACAGGCACACUUGCUGCCUCUGA